AUGAUUAAUCAACCUGAGCAUUAUCCAAGGUAUGAUCCAAGGUAUGAUCCAAGGUAUGAUCCAAGGUAUGAUCCAAGGUAUGAUCCAAGGUAUGAUCCAAGGUAUGAUCCAAGGUAUGAUCCAAGGUAUGAUCUAAGGUAUGAUCCAAGGUAUGAUCCAAGGUAUGAUCUAAGGUAUGAUCCAAGGUAUGAUCCAAGGUAUGAUCUAAGGUAUGAUCCAAGGUAUGAUCCAAGGUAUGAUCUAAGGUAUGAUCCAAGGUAUGAUCCAAGGUAUGAUCUAAGGUAUGAUCCAAGGUAUGAUCCAAGGUAUGAUCUAAGGUAUGAUCCAAGGUAUGAUCCAAGGUAUGAUCUAAGGUAUGAUCCAAGGUAUGAUCCAAGGUAUGAUCUAAGGUAUGAUCCAAGGUAUGAUCCAAGGUAUGAUCUAAGGUAUGAUCCAAGGUAUGAUCCAAGGUAUGAUCUAAGGUAUGAUCCAAGGUAUGAUCCAAGGUAUGAUCUAAGGUAUGAUCCAAGGUAUGAUCCAAGGUAUGAUCUAAGGUAUGAUCCAAG